GAAUUUACAAUAGGAACAAUAUUUUUUAAAGGUUACGAUUCCCCACGAGUGUAGUCCAUAAUGGGCCUCGGAGCUACUAUUUAGAACAUGUUACUCGUGAUGCUAACUUGAAGACAAAAUAUGAAGUUGCAUUCUGUAGUCUGGGUCAUCGGGACCUUGCAGGACAUCGUGUCCGGGUAUGCCAACCCUGAAGCUUGCUCGGGUACUUGCGUUAAUGCGCAUGACCCGUCCGUCAUCCGGCGAUCUGACGGGACGUACUUCCGCUUCUCGACCGGCGGCAAGAUAGCCGUCCAUACCGCGCCGGAUAUCAUGGGCCCGUGGACGUACAAAGGCGCGGUGCUCCCGUCAGGCUCCUCGAUAGACCUCGACGGGAACCAAGAUCUCUGGGCACCGGAAGUGGCUUUAGUGGGGAGCGCGUACUACUUGUACUAUUCUGUUAGCACGUUCGGCGUGCAAAACUCUGCCAUCGGCGUUGCAACGUCGUCUACCAUGGACGUAGGGAGUUGGAAGGACUUGGGAUCCACCGGGAUCAGAUCGUCGCCCGGGAAGCCGUACAACGCGAUAGAUCCGAGCCUUAUCAUCGCCGACGGGACGUACCUGCUCACCUUCGGCAGCUUCUGGAAGGACAUCCACCAAGUUCCUCUGAAGAACCCGCCCAAGACGGUAGCCAGCGGCGCCAGCGCGUACCAACUCGCCUACGAUCCCGCCACCACGGCCGAGGAGGGUGCCUGCGUGUUCAAGCGCGGGAGCUACUACUACCUCUUCUACAGCAAGGGACAGUGCUGCGGAUACGAUGCUAACAGGCCGCCAGCCGGUGGCGAGUACAAAAUUCUGGUCUGCCGCUCUACCUCCGCAACUGGGGGCUUCGUGGACGCCCGCGGCAACGCUUGCAGCAGCGGCGGCGGGACCGUAGUUCUCGAGUCGCACGGAUACGUGUACGGGCCGGGGGGGCAGGGCGUCUACGAUGACCCUAACUAUGGGCCUAUUCUCUACUAUCACUACGUCGAUACGAGAGUCGGGUACGCAGACGGCCAGAAGCGGUUCAGGUGGAACACUAUCAGCUUCUCCAGCGGCUGGCCUGUGGUCUGAAAAGGUGAAGUAAGCGUUAUUGGUAGAUUCGUUUCUUCCGUGCUUCUUCCGUGUUUCUAGGCUGGAUUAGCUGUUUGGGUGAUGGCGGCUUUUCUGAAUGAGACAUGUGUUAAAGGGACUACUCGGAAAGGAUCCGGUUUCCUAAACACUCGAUAUGUGUUGCGAACAGGAAUACAAGUAAAGUAUUGCCACCAAUAUCAAAGUCCCCCCGAGGAUUUCAUGCCCACUGGAUGUAAUCCCUUCGAACAUGAGCGGGGUGUAAUAUCCCCUUUAAUUCCGGCGCAGCCGCCCCUUUUCCACGAGUCCGUCUCAGCUGUCCGCCGCCUCCUGGGCCACC